AGGCGAAAUUCAUACUAACCUCAAAGUGAACCAUAACAUUUGAGCGAUGGGUAAAGCGAGAAAAACUCGGAAAAUUGCGGAAAAACGAUUCGCUAAAAUGAAAGCAAUGAUAAGUCCUAGCGAUCCACGAAUUAAAGCAUCCCAAAGAGCACCCCCUCGACAUAAGAAAAAGGAGGACCCGCACGCUUUAAAAGUGAACGAAGCUCCGCAAGCAAGUUCUGCCCUCUUCUUUCAAUAUAACACCCAACUGGGACCACCUUAUCAUAUAUUGAUAGAUACGAACUUUAUUAACUUCUCCAUUAAAAACAAACUGGAUAUAAUUCAAAGUAUGAUGGACUGCUUGUAUGCAAAAUGUGUACCUUAUAUAACCGAUUGUGUGUUGGGGGAAUUAGAAAAACUAGGGCAGAAGUACAAGGUGGCCUUACGUAUAAUCAAAGAUCCUCGUUUUGAACGAAUACAUUGUAUGCACAAAGGAACAUACGCCGACGAUUGUUUAGUGCAGCGUGUAACACAACACAAGUGCUAUAUAGUUGCUACAAAUGACAAAGAUUUGAAAAGACGUAUACGAAAAAUUCCAGGUGUCCCAAUUAUGUACGUUGCUCAACACAGGUACACAAUUGAAAGAAUGCCAGAUGCAUAUGGGGCACCGAGGGAGUAAUUUUGUAAUAUUCAAUAAAUAAAGUUUUUAUAAAAGCG